CCUGUUUUUGAAACUUCAUUUGAAAGUCAUUGUAUACAUGGGAGAUGAGAUCAUGUGAACGUGUUUGAAUCUGCGCAACAACAUGGAUUUCAACGCCAUGCAAAUAGUUUUGAUUGGCAUCUUAAGCCUUUUAUAUUUGAAUAAUGUUGCUUGGGGCAGCACCGUGCAAACAACAGAAGCCCAAACUAAUCCAUCCGACAAUAUUUAUACCACCGACGAAACUAAAGACGUUACAGAUGUUGAUGAUUCUCCGACAAAUACUAUUCCACCAGUGUUGUUAGGAGGUUCGGCAAAUGAUUCCACUUGCACAGACGACACCAAUUGUCAGAACAACGGAACAUGCAGCAACGGUUCGUGUGUCUGUACGGGAGAAUUUGGAGGACCUCAAUGCAACAUUUCCCUCACGUGUCCUUCUAGUUACUGUAACAUUAACAACACGAACAACUGCACCGUAGAGGUAAAAGAUGGAAAAGCCGUCUACAAGUGUAAUUGUAACGACUCUUGGAUAGGCGACCAAUGCGAUGUGUUCGAUCAUUGCUCAAGCAACCCUUGCGAAAACAACGGUACAUGUGAAAUAAGUCAAAAUACCACUCACAGUUCCUAUAAGUGUCAAUGUAUGACGGGGGACCAAACCAAGAAUUGUCGACUUAAUGAAGCCGAUGACUGUACAUACAGGCCUCCUAUCUCAACAGAUGCUUUCAUAACGUGCAUUGACAGAAUAGAUGGACGUGAUUUAAUAUGUGCCCCUGGUCAUACCAAACCAAAAGAUGGUUGUGGCGAUCGCGAGAAUCCGACCACUUUCUGCACGAAGUAUGGACAGAAUUGCGCUGACGAAGGCUACUGUAAGCCAUUCUGUAAUGUUGAAGUAUGCAAUGGGACUUCCAACUGCAAUUUCACCACUAAGCCCUUCCCAGAUACAAACACAACAGACGACUGCGAAAUGAGGUUUGCGGAUGGAUACAUAGAAACAAAAUGCUCAAGCGAGGACAUGCUGUUUGAUGGCAAUGACGACAUCGUGCACAAUUUGACAGACUGCAGCCCUUUCUUCGAUACAGUCUGCACGGGCAAAUUUGGGAAUGGCAUUUGUGACCCAGAAUGUGAUAAUGCCGACUGCCUAUACGAUGGUUGGGAUUGCACAGAGAACCACAACGACACUCUUGACAAACAGCUACUAGGGGGCGUGGUCAUCGAAUUUGCACGCCACCCGACGCCUCUCUUCCAAAACAAGCUAUCCAUGCUCACCCGAACGUUCCUAAAUGUAACUUUAGACAAGUCCGGCAAAACAGCGUAUAUGAAAGUGAGGGCGGAAAAAUUCACGACUGUUGCUAACGUUACACGAUUCCUUGCUGGAGCGAUCGCUAAACUUCCCUACCUUAUUGCCUACGUCGCUGACGUCUUUGUAUGUGAAGCGGGCAUGUGGAACCCUUCAGCCAAAUGUAGGCACAAAUGUGGUAGUAACUGCUUACGGCAAGGGGAGGAGAUCUGUCACUGGGAAACGGGCGCUUGUCUUCAUGGAUGUAACGAUGGUUUCUAUGGUGGAACAUGCAGUAUGCCAUGUCCACCAGGCUGUAAGGAUACAUGUUAUGUGAAAGAUGGAACGCCUCUAUGUAGCGAAUGCAAGCCUGGGCGUUUUCUUGAAACAUGCAACGCCACAUGUGACAUACACUGUCAGGUUAGGAUGUGUCAGUUCAGUUCAGGUACAUGCACGUGCUCUGUUGGAAGAGUUUGGGUUAACCAGACAAACAGCUGCCAGUGUCAACACGGUUUAUUUGGAAACAGUUGCACGGAGAAGUGUAACACCUACUGUAAAGGUGGUGGUUGCAACGAGGUUUCUGGAGCUUGCGCGAUAGGGUGUAUUUCUGGUUACUACGGAUCUCAUUGUUCAAAGAAGUGUGUAGGCUGCGACAAUUGUGACGAAAAAGGAGCAUGUCCAUUGAAACCAGACAAGAAAACGGUGAAUGACGACUCGAAUUCUGAUAGCGUGGUAAUAGCGAUCGUGGUGGUGGCGGUUUUGGUCCUCUGCAUCUACGUAUUUGUCGUCUGUAUCUGUAAAUCAGACUGUCAGAGCGCGAAACAGUGGUGUCUGCGCAGACGGUCCGGCGAGUACCCGAUUGUAGACGAUGACGAAGCCAUCAAAGAUCCCGUACCCGACUCGCCAGCUUUCCUGGCGGCGACUGGAGUUUCCGGUAUGCAACCCACCACGCCAGAUGUCGGGAGGUCCAAAGACAUGAUAGAUAUGGAUAUCAUGGACGUACCUGCGGUUUAUGACGGACGUAAAUCAGAGCCUACUCUGGAGCCAUUGCAAAAAGAGCCAGAAGAUGGCAGCCCUGAAUCAAGACAGCCGGCUGACGGUGCUAGCGAAGUUGAACCGGAAGCGAAUGCCAACGACAAGGGUACAUUCGCCUCGUCGGUUGUCAUCGAGGUUGACGGCAAGGGUCGACUGUUAUCCAUAACGGAUCGAAAUCAAGUGCCCCCACCCAGCGCUCUGAAAGAAGCUCCGGAUGACGAGGUGUUUCGUGUCGAGAAUGACGCAGAAAAUUCUGAAAAUUUGCCUCAUAUUGACAAAGACAUAACGCCACCCCAGAGUCCACUUGGAGAGUCCAGAGCUCCACUAGCGUCUGAGGAAAACAUUCUGCACGACAUUGGUCCGAGAAUGAGCGUGAAGUCUGAAAGCAGUGAGGCCAAGAACAGAAAGGAUUCCAGUCGAUCAUCCUCGAGUUCUAGCACGAAUUCAUCGGUAAAAUCCAGCUCGGUGAAAUCUGGCUCAAGGAAAUCUAGCUCGGUGAAAUCUGGCUCGAGGAAAUCCAGCGGGCGUAAUUCAAGCUCGAGCAGCCAUUCAUCACAUGACGAGGCGGACAAAGAACACGUGACGGAGAUGUAACAACAUGUGCACAAUAAAUAAAUUGAUACUAACUUAGGACAUAAUGUGUCCAAAUAGUGUACGAUAUGAACCCAUACAGCCGAUACUUCUCUUUUCGUGCAAUAACACUGCCAUCACGCAAAUUACGUCAUGAUGAUCUAAAUCACGUGACAUUAUUUAAAAAGUUAAACUGUUCUCUCAUUUUGAAAAUGAUUAUUUAAAAAAAGUUGUUAUAUGGCACUUGAAUAAUUUAUUUUGUAUAAAAACUGAAAUCGA